UGUAGAUUCCAUUUUGUUGCAAUUCAGACGGAGUCGGGAGAGAGAGAGAGACGGUGAGAAAAGUGACCACCAACGGUCACUUUUACAUCAUAAACAUCUUGAAGGUGACGGAUUUGUAGGAAAUAUAGCAUUGCUGUGCUUCUUACAUAGUCCGUCAGGAUAACCAAGGCAUAUCUGACAACUUCUCUGGAGAGGGGUUUUAUCAACCGAGCCUGAAGAAGUCGGUUUUUUUCCGACUUCUUGGAGCACCGUGUGCCGAGGUGAAUUGAUGUUCAGCUCGGCUCCACGUGAAAACACCGCUCAUUGGCACAUGAAAACUUUAUAUCUUGCUGGACACAGAAGUGCAGUGAGAAGUAGAUUGAGGACUACUUCGAGGACCUGGGGCCCGAUCGGAGGUGAAAGAUUGAAGAGAGAUACCUACGUCGCCGACUUUCUCACAACAAAGAGGUGACACGUAGUGCUGAAGCAAAAUGGGAGGUGGAGAGAGGUACAACAUUCCAGUUUCCCAUCCCGAGCGCCCUCUGCCCAAGAAGAACCACCAACUUGGCCGUGCUAAGCAGAGAAGCCGCGAGCAGAAUGGAGCAGCAGCAUCUGCAGGAGGGGUAGGAGGCCUGCACCACCAUGGCCACCGCAGGAGUGAGAAAGGCGCAGCCUACCACAGGUCUCCAGAGGCGCGGCAGGCCGUGUCUGCAGAGAAGAAUGUUUCUGUCCGUUUUACCACCAACUAUGAUCAGAACUGGGAGGGUGCCGUGUCUCACCUCAACACGCUCCUGGCAACUCAGGGGAGUCCAAGCUACGCAGGGCCGAAGUUCAGCGAGCCACCCUCGCCUAGCGUGUUGCCCAAACCCCCCAGCCACUGGGUGUCCUUCCCAGUGGGCUCCUGUGAUAACAGGGAGAUGAUGACCUUCCAGCUAAAAAGUCUCCUCAAGGUGCAGGCCUGAGAGGGAUACCCAGCCUUGAUCGUUAAAAGCCAAUCAAUGAACUUUGACUCCAGUAAGGGCACCAGCCCACCAGGAACAACUCAGCUCUGUAAUAAUUUAACCUGUUUUUAGAUUUCUGUCUUUGAGUGUUUAGAGGCAUUUUCUGCAGUAUCUGCUGGAUAUGUCAACAAACACCCAUGUUUUUAAAUUAGUAUGUCAAGAUAUUACAGGUGCUGAGCCUUGCUGGUUGGUGAUGCUUUUGGUGGAGUCUGUUUUCUGUGACUAAUGACAACUGGAUAUCCUUUGUACUUAUGUUUUGUUUUGUUCUUUUUAUGUUGGCUGUAAAUGCAGAAGAGUAAUCUUUUUCCCAAACAAGGAUUUUUUUGUUAAGUCAGCUUAUUUCCCAAAACAUUUAUGGUCCAUUUCUGUGGACAGUAUUGCCUUUUCAUUUGUCAGUUUACGAUGAGCUUUUAGAGCCACCUCUAAAGCCUCAGGUGCUAAAGCAAAGUCGUAUCAGUAGCAGUUCUAACAAGGGCCCUUUUUUUUCUUGUAUCUUUCCUUGUUUGGGGUGAAAAAGACUCAUCUGCAAUUCUGCAGGGAAAAGCUACCUUACUUAGAGAUAAUAAGCUGUAGUGAGUAAGUGUAGGUGAAAGUAUAACCUCAAACCGAAGGGUAACAAAGAGACCAUGGCACACAGGCCCUGGACUGUGAACUCCUGUACCUUUUAUUGCGCUGUGCGCACAUGCACUAUGGGAGUUGGACUAGUCUGGGGCCCAAACACUCUAUCAUAGCAUUAUUUUGUACAAGACCUUUUUGUUGUGGUUGAAAGAUGUAUGCAGAGCUGUGUUUAACCAAAGCAAUGUUUUUGCUGUACUUUCUUUUCCUUCUUCUCCCUUGGACAUCCUCUGUUUGAGGCAUUGUUGCCAUCGCCCUUUAACCUUGCCAGCCGAGUGAUGAUCAGGAACGAGCCCCUUGGUUCACGUUAUUUUUUUGUUUCAAAUCAGUAGUGUUGUUGCUCCUUAGUCUCAGCCAUUUUAAGUCAGUGCUGCAGCUUCAACCAGCGGAAGAGGACCAAGCUUAAAUCUGAGUUUUGUUAAUUGAAGUCUUGGCAUGGUCCUGGUGGCUGUAUGCAUCUGUACACAAGCUAAGGCAGAGAUAAGGAAGGUCAUGGACUGAGGUAACCAAGGGGUCUCAAUGUGGGGCAGAAGUUUGGCAUUUAUGUUUACAAAGGUCUCAUGUUUGACCAUCUGAUUAUCAACAGAUCCUCUUUGCCUCUACCCUUAUCACUCUUGCACUGCAAUCGGACUAGUUUUAAAUAUGUUACAGACCAGGAUGCUAUUGAAAUGAUGGAGGCGUGAUCGACUAUCUCUCUAUGGGUUCUCUAUUUUUGUGAUUGAGGCUCUUUUUUUCUUUCCCUUUGCAGAAUUGGAGCUGCUAAUGGCUGGCCUAAGGAUGACAAAACAAAGUAUGAUAGCCUGUUAGUGUGUUCAAGAGCCAUGUAAAUAAUGAAAUGUAAAAAGUACUUGUAGCAUAUGUACAUUUGCAGGUCAUAUUUGUGGCCUGUCAGACAAAAGUAUUUUUAGUAAUAACACUGAAUGUAUAAGACAUGCAAAGGACAUGUCUUGACUUCAAUACUGAAGAAUAUUUUUGUUAAAAAAAUAAUGAUGCCUUUAGCAUUUGCCAGUAACCCUGCACUGUUAUUUUUCCAGAGAUCUUGCACAUGUUUUUUAUUGUUUUGUAUAAUUCAGUGUCGGGUGAAAAAUGCUAAAAGCUACUUAAGUAAACCUAAACUAUGAAUUGGAUUUCAGAGGAGACUUGCCUAUGUAUGGAUUUGUGUUUCGAAUGUGCUUACAGUGAGUAAGCGUGCUGUUUUUAAUCUUAAGUUGACCUGUUUGUGCCUAAGUUAACCCCAUGCUAAAACUGAAUUGUCAUUAGGUGACAACACAAAAUGACCAAAUUGUUUUGAGCCACCUUCACUUCUCAGCUGUUCUUCCGCCAGCUGGCAACUGAACUUGGUUAUAUGCUGUCAAAUGUUAAAUUUUUAUUUUCUAUUAGUUGUUCAUGUUAACAUUUUUCUUUUUCUAGACUGAGUCAUGCAUGGUUAGGUCUCCUUGAUUCUAAAUUUUCAAACCUGUAACAAAUUGGCUUCUAAUUUUGUCCCUCCUAUGGAAUGUCACUGAAGAUAAAAACGAAACAAAGAUGCCCUGUGAAAAAUUGGUGAAAAUUGGUGUUUUAAAAAAAAUGACAGAAUGCACUCUGUGAAUUGAAUUGAUGACAAAUUUUUACAAAAAAAAGAAAUAAAUCCCCUCCCCUUCCCCCCA